GCGAGGGAAAAAGAGAACCGGGAUACGGGGCUCGUCGGGAGUGAGCGGGAGCCACGCAGCUCGGAGUCCCAAUUCUCGAGAGGCCGAGCCAUCGGCCGUCGUGCGUUUGCGUCGCGUCGCCUCGCGUCGUCCGCCGUUGAGUCUGAAACUCGCGCGACUCGACUUCGUACGAUUCCGACGUGAAACAAGCGACAAGCGCGCACGGUUCGGGAUUCCCGAUCAGUCGCUCGCCAACCCUCUGACGAGACGGUCGUUGUUUUCUACGUACGCUGUAGUCGUUAUACGCGAGCCAAUUCCAACGAACAAAAAUAUUCGAUUAUCUCCGUCGAAGGUGUACAUCGUCGUCGGCCGGUUCGUUGAAUAUCGACGUUUUUAUCGCGCAACGUAAGCGGUAAUCGACGAUCAUUCCGUGGGAAUUUUCAAAAGUGAAACCAUUGGCCGAUGGAAGGAAACACGAUCGACUGGAUUGAAGUAACAGUGUACGUGAUUUACCAACGACGGGGAAUUAUUCGUUGUUAAACAGAUCGUUGAAAUAGCGGGUGAUUAUAUACCGUAUUAAAAUUCAUCGUAUCUACGUGCCUCUCUCGUGACAUUGAGUGUUGGAAUCUGGUUUUAAAACGCAUCCCGUUUUUAUCCAUCCCCCACUCCCACCCCCCGCUGUUCUCCAAUUUCAACCGGGCAUUUAGAAAAUUUUACCGGGAGAAGUGACGAUGCACAGGUGUGCACAUGUGAACACAUGAUACGUUCGAAUAAAACAAAGAGAACAACCGUAUCGUCAAACGAACUGGAAUUACUAAUGAUAACAAAGAGAAUUGUAUAUAUAUCCGUAUGGUGCCUACAAGAAUUGAUGAUUAUCGGUUUUAUCUGUGAUAUAUAUAAACGCUAAUUAAAAAAAAAAACGAAAAAAAAAAAACAAAAACAAAAACAAACACAGAAGAAUCGUGAUUAAUGAUAUUCUGGUGACAAUUAUUCAAUCCGAAUUGAUCAAAUGAACUCCGUAAAAGUGUCGGGAGUUUGUUACGUCGGUUGCAGCGAGUGCCAGUGAUAUAUUAUUGAGGAUUUAAUACCGGAUCAAGAUACCGACGCAGAGCUGCGAAAUUGCCACGUGUUAUGAAACUUCUCUCUACGAUACAGCUGCCUCAGUUACCGCCGGUUUCUGCUGGUGGCGGUAUGACGGGUAUGGAGUCCCGCCUUCCUCCGGGAAUAACGUUGCCAUUCAGUCCCACCGAUUUACUGUGGCGUUAUGGACCAUCGAUGAGUUUCUCACCGACCGCUCACCCACCGCUGAGUCCACUUUUGGACUUCAAAACACACCUGCCGACCAGCCUGGCGUCAGAUCCGAGGAUUUGGUCGCGCGAGGACGUAGCCGCGUUCCUUCGAUGGGCCGAACGCGAGUUUGAUCUCCCUCAAUUCGACAUGGACAUGUUUCAAAUGAACGGAAAAGCUCUGUGCCUCCUGACCAAGUCGGAUUUCGGCGAACGUUGUCCCGGUGCCGGUGACGUGCUUCACAAUGUCCUAGGAAUGCUCGCGCGUGAUUUCAAUCAGCUGCAAAGAUGCCUGCCCAGCAGUCCGGUCACCCCGACGAGACCUUCGGCGUACCCCCUGAGCCCGCAUUCGCAUCCGUCGACGCCCACGUGGAUGGAACAUCCGUAUAAUUUAAAUUUAGCUCCCCUCAUGUCCGCGAAUUCCGUUACCCUUUCCCCGUCGCCCUCGGUCGACAGCCAAGCCGGCUCACCCGGACACGUCGAACCCCAAAAUCAGGUGUACAAAAGCGACUCGGACGAGGACAAUCACACCGGAGGGAGUAACAGUCCACCGGCAACACCCACGGCUCUCGCCACCCAGCGAUUGAGCGAAGUUUGCGUCAAAGACCAACCGAGUCCCACACUUCCGCCGCAAAUGAUGCCCCUCACUCCUGGAGCGUUCAGACCCGCAGGCGCCCCGAGAGAAUUUUUUCCAAAUGACGCGCCCGAGCCAAACACGAACGGACGACUCUUAUGGGACUUUUUACAACAGUUGUUGAACGAUCCGUCACAAAGAUACACCCACUACAUCGCGUGGAAGAGCAGGGAAACGGGUGUGUUCAAAAUCGUCGAUCCCCCGGGACUGGCGCGUCUCUGGGGAAUACAAAAAAAUCAUCUCUCGAUGAACUACGACAAGAUGAGCAGAGCACUUCGCUAUUAUUACAGAGUAAAUAUACUCAGAAAAGUCCAAGGCGAACGUCAUUGUUACCAGUUCCUUCGCAAUCCAACGGAAUUGAAGAAUAUAAAAAACAUUUCAUUGUUGCGUCAACAAAUGCGGAUAAAAUCCGAGCCGGAGGAUGUGAAGUACAAUUCGACACCGAUCGAAGAUCUGCCAACGGAUCUCUCGAUGUCCAGCAUGAAUCAGCCGAGCGAACCUCUGCCACUUCACGAUCCUCCGCCAAAGUACAGAAGCCACGCGUACAAUCUUGUCAAAACUAAUCAGGAACCCGAUGACCGGAAGUGACGCGAGGUCUAGCACCCGAGAAACUUCUUUACGUGGAUGCUCAAUGCGGUGCAAUAGGUGGUCAGUAGGAAGAGUGAGAUAAAAGAAACGAAAUGAGAACUGCGUCAAAAUUAUCGUGUGUUAUUGUCUGCGUGGGUCGAUUAAUCGGGAAUCGGGACUUAGGACGACGCACUGACGUAACUCCGAUUACAUCGGAGACAAUGACUCUUACCCGUGAGUAUAAAAAUUUUGACAUGUGCAAUUAUAUGUAUACAUAUAUUCGAAGUUCCAUCUGUUAGUAAACGUAAACGUUUAACACGCGCGUGACCAAUUUGAAAAAUAACGAAUAUACGCAAACCGCACGCGUACGCGGGGCAGAGGUCGAGAAAUAAGAACACGAUUCGUCCGCGUGUAUCGACUCACCGAUGUCGCCGACAUUGUAGAUGAGGAGUUUAGGUUCAAGAGACGGGAUGAAGUUACGAUGUGUACAGAUAUUUACCUCGUCGUUUGAUUACAAAUAAACAAGAAGAACAAAAUAUAAAAAGAGAAGAAAGAAGUAACUGCUUCGAUUGUACGUAGCGAUGAAGCUACGCAAGUUUCACGUACGUUAAAGUACUGAAUCUCGGAAAACAGGUUUUUUUUUUGCCAAAAUGCUCGUAUCGUCGGCCCUGUUGCGUGAUCUGCGGCAAAUUUGGAUUCAUGGAGAGGUUUAUACGACGACGUUUCUGAAAAUUUCCUUCCGGUGACAUGUUAUUCCCCACAUCGAGGGAAGGCUUAACGACGAGUAGUAGGAGAAAAUUUUCACGACGAAUCCCGAAACAUUCGAAUGAUAGGUGCGAUUUCGACGUACAUUUGCCCGUUGUCAAUUGAAGAAUGACGCCCGUAAGGAAUACAAAUAAUCGAGAAUGACACCGUCGGUGAUUGGUGAUAAUGACGAUCCAAUAUACAAACAUACUAUAUAUAUUUAAAGUGCAAUUACGACUCGCGGGAACUGUUCUCCUGAACACAAGUAUAAUUUAAAAGGAAAGAGACUUUUAAGUAAAUAAUUGAACAUUGAAAAUUGUAAAUGAACUUCGGCCAUAGCAACGUUCGCACUUUGAAGAAAUGAAUAAUCUUCUGUAAAAGUGGUGAAACAUGUUCAUUGAAUUUGAACUGGCCGUUCUUACCGUGAUAAAUGAAACAUUGGAGGGAGUAUACGUAUGUAUACAUAUACAUCAAAUCAUCCUGACACUCACGAAUACACACACCUACACACACUCAACAUACAAAAAAUGAAUAUAAAACUAUAAAUAUGAAUAUAAAUAUGAAUAUAAAUAUAAAUAUAAAUAUAAAUAUAAAUAUAAAUAUAAAAAUAAACAAAUAUAAAUAUAAACAUAAAUGAAUAUACAUAAAUAAUUAUUUUUAUUUAAACUUAGACCUAAGAAUCUUUAUUAUCAUAAAACAUAUGUUUCUGUUCCAAUAUUUUAUGCGAAAGUGUGAUAAAUGUGUAUUCGGCAUGAGAUAGUCGUUGCUAAAAGAUAUGCAGGGAGAGAUUGAUUAAACUUUUCAGAAGAAUUUUCUUUAAUAAUCAUUAAAUUGACAGUCUUCAUUUAGGUAAUAAUGAUACAUGUAUCCAGGGAGUAGGGGCGCAAAUCACGCAUACAUUACGAAGCUCAUUGACAAAAUUUGUAAAGUAUAAACGUGUUGUUUUUGAACGAAGCGAAGACAGCUCUCUAAAAUCUAGUGGCGUUGGCAUCUGAAGAGUUAGUGGAGAUUUAAUUCGACGGUCUGACGCCGGAUGCAUAUUCAGGAAAACGUUUUUGACGUAGUGUCGUCGCAUUUAAUAUACGUUUAGAUAUUUUUUUUCAAAUCUUUUAUCCCUAUUGUUUUUUUUUUCAUCUUUCUUUGCCAUAUAAGCGAUUACGGUGCAGCCGCCGUAUCUCGUUUACACAACGAAAUUUUGAGAAAAAUUAUGGCCAUUGUGGCCUAGGUGGUUAAGCUUUAAAGGAACGUACUGUGUUUGUCGCACACUUUCGAGUGACUUUAUACUCGGAAAAGCCGAAAAUGAUGGGCUCUAUGCAUACUGAGUGAAUGAGAACUUUAGAAUACACAGCCGUCCUCUCUGACGUCCGUUUAAUUUUCGUCUAGGCUACACGAAGCCCCCUCCGCAAUUGAAUCGUAUUUCUUCCAUUAUUGUACGCCUAAUUUUAAUGUCCUUAUAAUUAAUGUUAAGAGAAAUCUUGGGGUCCUCAGAGAGGUCGGUAACUUUUGAUCAUCGAGUUUAUGUAAGCCCUUGCGAUUCUAGUGCAUUUAAAUCAUAAAAUUAUAUUUUAUUUUCAUCUUAAUAGAACAAUCUUUCAUCUACUUUCCCAUGAUAGAGUUCAUAAAUUUUAUCAUUUCUUUUUUUUUACGCUGCGAGCAAGGGUUACCCUUAAUUAUACCCACUGUAAUACUUGUGCCAAGAACAAUACUAUUAUAAGAAUGAUUAUUAAUGAUACAUGAGGAAAUGUAACGAGUGAUCCGGAAACAUUCAAUCAAUUAGAUAAAAUAGAAUCAAAUCAGAGACGACGGUCUCAACUCUUUCUUCACCUCUUACCCCUCACACUUUGGCUUCGCCAUCUCUCCUGUUCGGAUCUCUCGGUAAAUCUCCAUGAUUCAAGAGUGUUGAGAGCAAUGAAAAGCUGAUAAGAUACAAUAAUCGAUAACAAAUGAUGUUUAGCCUGUAGGAUCUCUACGAUAUACUAUAAUGUAAACAUAAUAAGUACCUAACAUUACCGCGAUAAUGAAGAAAAUAUACUAAAAUAACAAAAAUUUUAUGGAAUACCGGGGCCAGAGUUAUAUAUAUUUUACUACCAAAAUUUAUAUUCGAAAUUUCAAUAUUGUUGGUGUGAUUGUGGCGUAACAUUCCACGUCGAAGAUAUUCUACCGCGAAUGUCCAGGUAACUAAUCGCCUCAGAAGUUGAUUAGUAAAAAAGAUUAAUAUUGUAUUUUUCCACGAAAUUUCAGAGUUAAACAAGUUUAAACAUAUAUCUGGCUUCUUAUAUACUGUGAUCUCUAUAAUGUAAAGAAAUAAAAAAUGAAAUAACAUGCGUGUCUAAUGAGAAAGCAUAAUAAUAUGAAUAAAUGAAAAAUAAUUCUAACUUUUGUUUGUAAAAUGUAAAUAAUUUAUAUACGACAGAUAAAUAUAGGUGAUCUAUUUCAUAAGAAGUAAAAAAAGGAGAUGGUUGAGAAAGUUUAUUCUAAGGAUGUAUAAAAAUAUGAUAUCUGUAAAACUCUACCCAUAAUGUCAUUUUAUUAUGUAACUUGUUAUCGGGACGACGAAGAAGAAAGUUGUAAAUAUAGACUUAUUUACUUAUUAAGGCGA